CUUCAAAAGAAUUUGUUAGAAAUUGAAAAUGAAAGAAACUCAUUAAAACUUAAGAAUUCACCAACAAAGCAUAUUGACAAUAAAAGUAAGACUGCCUCGCCGCCAAUGCAGCCCUUGAUGUGUCAAAUGAAUAAUAUUGAGGAUUUAAUCAACUUGUCCAAAAUUAACGAUCCAUGUGAUAUUGAAACCGAUGUCUUGGGCAAUGCAUCCAUAUCCGAUGAUAUUCUGCUAAGUCCAAAUACUUCUACUAUAAUGGAACUCGAG